AAAGAAAAGAGAAUAGAAAGGGGAAAAGCCUCCGCAUCCCUCGCAAGGAAGAACCCCAAUCCGGUCAGUAGCUUCCGCAUCUACCGACACCCUCCUCCUCUCUUGAAUCCGAUGGCGCAGGACCCCGACUCCACCCCCAGCCUCCUCGACUCCCUGGGCGAGGAGAUCAUCCGCAUCGUCGCCCCCGUCUCCGCCUGCAUGCUCCUCGUCGUCCUCCUCGUCUCCACCCUCUCCUCAUCCACCUCCCCACUCUCUUCCCUCGCCGCCGCCGCCUACUCUGACCCCUCAUCCUCCUCCUCCGCCGCCUCCAUCUGGGACAAGCUCUCCGGCGCCCUCUUGAGCUCCCUUGUCUUCAUCGCCUCCGUCACCCUCCUCACCUUCCUCCUCGUCCUCCUCUUCUACCUCCGCUGCACCCGAUUCCUCAAAUCCUACAUGGCCUUCUCCUCCUUUGUCGUCCUCGCGUUCCUCGGCGGCGAGAUCCUCCUCCUCCUCGUCACCCACUUCAGUUUCCCUAUCGAUGCUAUCACCUUCUCCCUUCUCCUCCUCAACUUCUCCGUCGUCGGGGUCAUGGCGGUCUUCAUGACCAAGAUGCCAAUUUCCGUGAACCAGGGGUAUUUGGUCAUCAUCGGCGUGCUCGUCGCCUACUGGUUCACUCUCCUCCCGGAGUGGACCACCUGGGCCCUAUUGGUAGCCAUGGCACUGUAUGAUCUUGCCGCUGUCUUGUUGCCUGGUGGACCGCUAAGGCUUCUGGUGGAGCUUGCAAUCUCUCGGGACGAGGAUAUACCAGCUUUGGUGUAUGAGGCGAGGCCCGUGGAGCCUCGCCCGGGUGCGAGGAGGAGAUUGUGGAGAGAAAGAAGAGAUUAUGGUACGAAUUCAGGUUCUAAUGCCAAUCCUUCAUCACUUGGAAACAUGUCUCCGGUGACAGAUGAAAGGAGAGAUUUGGGUACCAAUUCAAGUUUGAACUCCAACAAUUCGAUGACUGGAGAGGCGUUGCCAGAGACGAGGUUGGUUAUCAGUGAACAGGAGUCUGCUGGGGGUUCUUCGCGAUCAGAGUUGAGAGCACCCUUGGUGCAAACCCAAUUAGAUAGUCGUGGAGAAGGGGAAAUUGAAGGAAUUGGAUUGGGUUCAUCAGGGGCGAUCAAGUUAGGGUUGGGGGAUUUUAUCUUUUACAGCGUCUUGGUUGGGAGGGCGGCGAUGUAUGAUUUCAUGACAGUGUAUGCUUGUUAUCUUGCUAUUAUAGCUGGACUUGGUAUCACUCUGUUACUUUUAGCAUUCUAUCGGAAGGCAUUGCCUGCUCUUCCGGUGUCUAUAAUGCUUGGUGUGUUCGUUUAUUUUUUGACCAGGGUCUUGCUAGAGGUGUUUGUGGUCCAGUGUUCAACAAAUCUAUUGAUGUUUUAGAAUGAAAUUACUGUUUAAUAGGAGGACAUUUAGCCUAUUCCUGUAUGAUGCUUUCUGCAAUUUCCACUUUAAAUGAAAAUGCAUCGAAAAACUGGAUGGGAUUCCAUGGGUUGAUAAAUUUAUUAUUGCAUGAAAGUUUUUCAUGUAGUACCUUUUGUUUCAACAUUUUUCCUAUCACUUAAUUAUGUCUGUAGAUAUUGUAAAUUGCUCAUGUUCAGGAGAUUGUGAAGGGAAGGAGGUUAAAGAGCAGCCUGUAUUUUUAUGGGCCAACAUUCAUGCUAGUUGUUGUCUUAAUGAAAAAAGAAACUGUUUUCCAUGCUUUAGUCUCCAGGAUAAUACUUUUACUGAAAUAAUAUCUCUUUGCCUAGUUCAUGUUGAACUGCUGAAGUUAAUUCUCAAUUGCAUGAAGCUUAAAUACUUCAGACCUGUUGCUAAUGACGAGAAGAAUGCCUGACACCACAAAAUCAUUGGAGAGGUCCUGCUUUGGAAUUUCUUGACUAAUUCAGGUGCUCGUCACAUCAUUUGCUCAUUUAGUUACUAACUUAAUAUCAUGUAUCCCUAUUUAUUUGUAUUUUUGGCAGCCUAGCUCAGUUGAAGUUUUAUUCAGUAUUUGCUGAUUGAGUGAAUCAGCCACAACAUGUUCUGGUCAAGUAAACUAGAUCUGGUGCUUUGCAAAGAGAAAAGAAUGAGGAUACACCUUACAUCUUUGAUAACUGGUAAAUGGGCAAGCCAGGGUGGAAAAUUAUCCAAAUUUGUUAAGCUUUGAAACUACCUUAUCUAUGUUCAUGGCUUUCUGCAGAAAAAAAAUAUAUAAAAGUGUUGCACUAGAAAAAAUUCUGAAAAAAGGUAGGUGGAACUUGUUCUUGCUGUUUCUUUCCUAGUGUAAAUGCAAAUAUACAUCAUGGCUGCAAUUCAUGUUAUGCUAUAAAUAAAAGUACACCUGCAUUGAUUUUUCUACCUGUAACUGUGCAACUAUCACACUUGUAUGUUUUAAAUAGUAAUUUUUCUGGUUGCUAUUCUCUAAGGUUCACAUAAGCUUCCCAUGUUUCACAGUUGGCCCCGAUCUGCUUAUGUCUUAAUCAUCUGUCGAGUUGCUGCAAUUUUUUUUUUUUUUUUGGCUAAGAUUGCAACUUGUUUCAUUUGUAGAUAUUUUGUUUUACAAUGCGAUUCAGCUUUAGAAAUCUUCAAGUAAGCAGUGGCUGCAAUCAAUAUAGCAUGGAAAGAGAAGUGAUCUCCAACUUUUUGCAUGUGCAAAUGAUUUUAUCCCUUAUUCCACUAGUGUGCUCCAUCAUUUGAAUUCUCUUGUGCACCCAAGAUUCUAUUAGCUCUUUCUCAAUAUCAGUUGGUUUAGUCAGUUCCCUUAUGCUGAAUCAAGAUCUGUUUUGGAAAGAAAACGGUCCUAAAUGAAACAAAUUUUUUGACAUGUAAGUGUUACUCAUGUAUGAAGCAUGUUCUUGGACGAUAUGUAAACCUGUCAUUAUAUGAGGCCAACCAGGACUAACAUAAAAAGAAUAAUGAUUUUAAGUCUCCCACUCAUGAACUUUUCUAUAAAAAGGGGCACCUAAAAGCUAGAAGUAGAUCUUCCUAGCUCAGCUCAAAUAAUUAAUAAAGUAUUUCAGAUGGACUGGAAAAAGUUAAUUCCAUGCCAUUCAUUGUCUUAGUUGAUUUUUAAACCCCAUCAGUAACCAUGUUGUUAAAUUUUAUUACCAACAACACAAUUGUGUGGUUCUUGCAUAAACUUUUUAAACUAACACCUAAUUAACCUCUGCAAUGAUUUUACGGAGAUCUAUUUGGAAGAGAAACUUGUCCUAAGAAGAACUAACUAUUUGAUGAGCCAAAGACUCUUGUGAAGCAAGAAGAUUCAUAAACUGUACCGAGGAUCAUUGCUGAACUUAUCCUUGAAUUAAGGACUCUCUCUUUGGACUGUGAAUGAUGUAUUGCUUUAUCCAUGCCUUUGAAAUAUGAUUCUUUGGUUCCAAUAUCAACAUCUUGAAAAAUAUUCUUUUCCCCGUAUUUCUAAAUAUCCUAAAGAGAUAUUGUGAUAUUGAGAUAUCACCUUGUAUGACAUUGGCCAAUUCAUUCUCUAGCAAUUACAAGCAGACCAAGUUCUUCUCAUUGAACUCGUCAAGAGUUGUCCAAAUAUCACAAGGUAAUUGCAACUUAUAAUAUGCUCAAUGAUAUUAGAAGUGGAUCUCUUGUAGAUGAAUUGUGGGUUUAUAUUUGAAGGCCUCGGCAUUCUCUCUAGUGUUUGCUGGAGCAACUUUUACAUUUGCACCAACAACCUGCCGUAAAUCUUUGCCAAAGAGAUAAGGCCCCAUAAGUGCCCUCCAUAUUGUGUUUGGUGUGGCUUAGUAACUCUGCUCCAAGUUUGCUCAAACAAUUAUUUAAAAUCCACAGUUGGAGAAUUGAUAGCUCUCAUAUCAACAGGAAUCUUGAAAUGCAUAGAUUGCCAUGCCCUAACUUUUAUAACAUGUGGAGAAAGGAGAUUUCACUUUUCACAUGCCAGAAAGUCCCCUUCUCAAGUAGUUAUUACAUUAGGUUCAAACUAGCCCAAGAUCGACAACCAAAUGUAGAACAAAAUGUUGGGGUUCUCGAACCUACAAGAUUGUGCAGAUAGACUUUAACAACACUAGCUUCAGAGAACAUAGAAAGGGGACGUAUUCUAGUAGCUUCAGGCUCUUUAGGUUCAACAAUCUUGCAUCUGUAGUGUCUUAUGGAGAUUCAUGAAAUUGUUGAGUUGUCACAAAGAUAGAACAAAGGUUGGUGUGAAGGAAGAACAUGAAGUUUUCUCAUUAAGAAUGAUGAGAGGCUUCAACAAAGAGGAGGCAUUAAUGAGGUGGGUGGAUGUUAGGCAAUAAUGGUCUAAGGGUGAUAUGCUUGAGUGAGCUAGCAUUAAAUGAGUAUAUUCAAAGUUCGAAUUUGGUUAGAGUGCCAAAUGGAAGUGGCAGGGAUAAGUUUAUACCAAAUAUGUGUGGCUCACAUACGUGCGAGCUACAAAAAUGAGUGUUCAUCAACCCAUGCAUAUGUCACACCUAGGACUUGCUUUUCCUUAGCCGUGAUGCCAAUUAUAAGUGAUAUAUGAUUGUUCCAAAUAAAAUCAUGGAGGUAGAACAAAAUCUGUACAAAGAAAUUCUCUAUGCAUGUUUCCAUGGUCAAGCUUUGAUUUUGAAGCAGAAGGUAAAAUUGGUUAAGAUGGGUGCAAGGUUUGUUGGCCUACAGUGGUGUAGCAAUAAUGAUAGCAUGCUAAACUAUUCCCACCAAAUGACACAUUUGCUAAGGAAAAUAAAAUAAACUAGCUACCAACAUGACAACAUGACCAUAAUUUCAAAAAUUACUCUCUACAAGGGAGUCAAAUUUUCCCUUAAAAAAAAGAGUGUUAAAUUUGUGAUCUAAUUUCAUGACAGUUUAUGCUUUUUAUCUUGUGAUCAUAGCUAAACUUGGUAUCACUUAUUUACUUCUAGCAUUAUAUAAGAAGGCAUUGCCAUCCCUUUCAGUGUCCAUAUUGGUUAGUGUGUUCUUUUAUUUAUUGACUAGGGUAUUGUUAGAAGCAUUUGUGGUUUAGUUUCAACAAAUGUAUUGAUAUUUUAGAAUGAUGUUGCUUUUUAAUAGGAAAUUGAAGCCUAUUGUUGGAUGAUGCUUUCUGCAUUAACUAUUUCAAAGACAAAUGCUUAACAGAUCUGGACAAGAUUCCAUGUAUUGAUAAAUUUAGUAUUUCAUGAAAGACUUAGAUAUCACCAAUUUCUCUAUCACAUAUCUCUUAGUUGCAUGCUUAUAAAUAUCAUGCAUUUUCACAGUUUGGGUGAUUGUUGAGGAAACUCGUUACAGAGCUGCCUAUGUUUUCGAAAUCUAGUAUUGUGCUCGUCAUUUCUUCCAUAAUGGAAAGGAAAAAAAUGUGCACCACACUUUACUCUGGAGGAUAAUGCUUGUAUGGAAAUAAUUCAUCUUUAACUAAGUUUUGUUCACUAUCUUGAUUCAAUUCUCAAAUCCGUGAAGAUAAAGGAUUCUAGACCUGUUACCUAUGAUGAAAGAAUGAUUGACAGUUACAAAAACAUUGAAAAGGUUCUGCUUUGAAUUUUUUUAACUAAUUUAGGUACUCAUUAGACCAUUUUUUCCGUUUAUCUCAUUUCAUGCAUCCCCCUCUGCAAAUUUGCUGGGAUAUAUAUGGUUUAGAACAAAAUAAUUUUGAUGACUUCCCGCUUGUAUUUUGGCAGGCUAAGUUGCGGCUGUCAUCAGUAUAUUUUUAAUUGAGUGAAUAAAUCACACCAAAGUCUCGCAAAGUAAACUAGACUCUUCUGCUUCACAAAGCUCAAAUUAAAAAGUUGAUCCAGUUUGUAUCUUUGAUUACUGCUAAAUUGGCAAGCCAGGGUGAAAAUGAUGAGAAUUUGUUACAAUUUGCAAUUCCUUAAGAUGAAAAUACACUUCUAUUGACUUCCACAUGUAUCCAUGCAGCUAUCAUCCUUGUAUAUCUUAAAUAGUGAACUUGUUGCUUUGUAGAUUUUCUGGUUUAUAAUGAACUUCACGUUUAGGAAUGGCCUCUUGAGUAGUCGCAUCAAGAUAGUACGAAAAUAAAAGUUAUUUUGGUGCAUUCUAUGUAAUUUUUGCUUGAUGAUAUCCUCAACCUUUUGUGUGAUUGUAACUUGUUUUAUGCCUUUUUGUACUAGUGCGCUCCAUCGAUCCUCUGCUUCCAAAUUUCUAUUAUUAAGCAACAUACCUCUAACAACAUGGGAAAUGAUUUAGUUAUUCAGAAAUUUCAUUCAAACAAAUCACACUAUUGGAAUUUAGGGUAUCAGUUUGUGGAGCAAUCUAAUUUCUGAAGCUAUCUAAUUUUUUCAAGCAGAAAUUAGUUUUGCAAUGAAGAUGAACUCAUGCACAACUCCUAAACCACCACCCCCAUCUCCCAAUUUUCACUUUCUCAAUCUUCAACGAUAACUACCUCUAGUUUCUAAAUGAAUGAGAAACCAACUGCUAUCCAGGUUCCCAGACAGGCAAAGAUUUUGCAGAUCUUUUCAGUGUGUUGUAUUUGUUGUCAUCUCUGUGGUAAAAAAAAUAAUACAUUUUAUUUGUCUAUUGUCACCUUUCUUUGUUCCUAUUCUUCUUUAAUUUUGAUGUGGUAUUACAGGAUUUUAAGCCCAGACCAAUUCAAUUCCCUGUGUCAAAAAGAUUCUUCCGCUGGAAGCACCAAGAGCAGCAUGACCUUAUGACAAGCAAAAAAACAAUUACGGGAUCAACAAUAGCAGAAUGCAGCUGUCUCUGGGAAUGAAGUAUUCGACAGGCACAGGGAGUAAUUCAGAAUGUUGGCUUCUGCUAGUCUAUGACCAAGCUCUUUUGUUCAUGAAGAAUUCCAAAAGCUCCAUUGCUGCCACUGUUAAUUACGUAAGACUUUUGUACAUGGAUUUUAAAUUCUUCCAUAAUGAAUUUACAUGAAUGCUGACCACCAGAAAGGAUCUCCCCCUGCCCCCCUCCAACCUCGCCUUCGAUCUCAAGCUCACAAACCAACCUGACAGGUUGAUCAACGACAGCAUCAACAGCAUCGAGCCUGGCAAGAUCAGGUAUUCAGGUGGCAGGACAUUGCCAGGUUACUUUCACAGCCAGCCCUUCGGCCUGACCCUAGGUUCUUUCAGAGGCAGAAUGUGAAUAUGCCCUUCUCCUCCGAACUGCAGAAACCUGCUCAUGAUUUCUUAGUCAGUAAGAGGAGAUGCUGCAAUUAGCAGCAGCAUGUUCUUUUAAUUUACAGAAGCAGCAUCACAUAAUUGCGGAAAAUGCAAGAAUGGAGAGGGAGAGAUUCAUCUAUCCUUGCUGAUUUAGUUGUAAGAUUGAAAAUCUAAACGAAACUCAUUGUAGAAGAUAUGCGUGCACGUGUGUACAAAAUCUCAAGCACCACAUGAUUAUGAGGUAGCAAAUCAAGUAAAAUGUCAGGUACAAAGACUUAAUU